CCGAACGGAGCAUGAGCAAUCCAGUUUGAUGUUAAUGUAUCGAUGUUUUUCUCCGGAGAGAUUUCACACCAGGAGAGAAUCAACCGUCCAAAGGAAUCAACAGGAGAUCUAGGAGGAAAUCCGUACAGUUAUGCACCGAAACGGUGGAAAAUAGGAUUUGACGAAUUGAAACCAGAGAUAAAAAACCAUGGCUGGGCCUAAUCCUCAUUACAAGAAACUUGCGGACUUUGUAGCCCACGGAGGCAAUGUGACCUGCCUAGCACUUGGACAUAUAAGCGGUCGAGUGCUAGCUACAGGUGGGACUGACAGGAAAGUCAAUCUAUGGGCAAUAGGCAAACCCAACAGAAUACUGAGUUUAAACGGACAUUCUACGGCUAUUCAGUGCGUACGAUUUGGGCACACAGAAAGUCAUGUUUAUGCUGGUUCGAGUGCAGGAGCCCUUAUGACAUGGGAUCUUGAAGCCAAAUGUGUAUUUAGGACGCUGACCGGACACAAAAGCUCGAUUAAAACCAUCGAUUUCCACCCGUAUGGCGAUUUCAUUUCAUCUGGAUGUUCUGAUACCUUAAUCAAGCUUUGGGAUAUUCGAAGGAAAGGAUGUCUUUACACUUACCGCGGGCAUACUGGGGCUGUAAACAGCCUAAAAUUCAGCCCGGAUGGUAAUUGGCUAGCAUCUGCUGGCCAUGAAGGAAUAGUUAAGUUAUGGGACUUGAGGAUGGGCAAAAUGUUGUAUGAAUUUUCUGAACAUAGUGGUCCUGUGAUGUCUAUAGAAUUCCAUCCCCGUGAAUUACUUAUUGCUUCUGCUAGUCAAGACAAUACCGUCAACUUUUGGGAUUUGGAGCGAUUCACUCUAGUUUCUUCUACUGAUAAAGAAGUUCCUAAUGCCAGGUGCUUACAUUUCAAUUCAAAUGGUGAAUUUUUAUAUGCCGGAGUUUCUGAUAAUUUGAGAGUUUAUGGCUGGGAACCAGCGAGGACACUAAGCACAUUACAAAUACCAUGGGGAAAUGUGCAUGAUUUGACAACAACUUUAGAUUCAAAAUUGAUUGGAGCAUCAUUUCAUUCGACAAAUGUUUCAGUUUGGCUGGUUGAUCCUUCAUUCCAGACCCAUUGUCCUCUUCCUGAUUCGACAACUUCCUCUUUCUCCCACAGUAACCCCCUUCGCAAAAGUUUCACCAAAGUCAAACCAACACCUGAAGUGAAAAGAGCAUUGACUGUUAAGACUAUAGAGGAGUCAGAAAGGUCAGAAACAGAUCCAGAAGAUGAAAAUUUAAAUGAUAUACCAAAUGUUGAAGAUUACCAUCGUGUGUUCCAACCCAGUAGGAACUUGAAUCGAAGUCCUCCAAUAUGUAUUUAUGCUGGUUCUCCUAUACCAAAAUCAUCAGGAUCGCCAACACCUCCGACUAUACCAGUGGUUGUAGAUGAACCCGAACAAGACACUACUUAUCUCAUGGAAACUAUUACAUUACCAGAUGAGCCAGUUGUUGACAAUCAAGAGCCCGUUUUUCUUGAACCAACUGGUUCUUCAUUGGUAAAUGUUGUCAUGGAACGAAGGAGAUCGAUUUCUCCGCAUAGCAUUGAUAUGAGCAGGCGGCAAAGGAUGUCCAGGGAUGAAUCGAUGGAUCAGGAGCCUGAAUUCCCCGUCAAACUCAGCAGUAUACACCAUAGUAGCAGUGAGACCAACAUACCAAGAGCGGCUUCAACCCCUCAUACCAAGAAUAGCAAGCCCAAUCCCCGGCCACAUGGUCCUUCAAAUUUAGUAAAGACAUUGUUGAGGGAAACAAAAAGUGAUAGAGGUUCUUCAUCUUCUCACGGGCAUCAUAAUUCACAGUCAAUGACAAAUGUGAACAGUCAUGUAAACUCAAAUUCAAAUAAUCAACCAAACUCCCAUGUUAUAUCGCACAUAAAUAGUCAUUCAAGAGUUAAUCAAGAAUUUGAUGAUUUUAUACCGAUGCCAACAGAUAGGCCAACUGGUUUAAUAGAUUUCGACGAGUUCGUUCCGAGAUCAUAUCAACGUGGCUCGGAGUAUUCACAGUCUAUACCUGAAAAGUCAGAAGCAGAAGUCUUGUCUUCGAUGAUGAGAGGAAAUGAAUCUUUGAUGGUGAUACUUGAUAACAGAGGUUUAAAAUUGCAGACAUUUUACUCACUGUGGCAAAGUCAAGAUUUAAAAGCCGCAGCUGAAGCAGCUGUUAGUGAUACGGAUCCUUUUGUUAUGGCAGAUUUUCUCCGAGCGAUUAUUUCAAGGCCAAAUAUGUGGAGUUUGGAUAUUUGUGUGAUUCUUCUACCUACAAUUCACACUCUUCUUCAAAGCACAUUUGAAUCGCAUAUGAAGAUCGGAUGCGACGCUUUGAGGCUUAUACUGAAGAAUUUUUCGCCUGUGAUAAAAACGAACGUCCUGUCCGGCCCUGUUGCCCUCGGCGUCGACAUAACAAGAGAAGAAAGGUACGAAAAGUGUAUAAAAUGUUACAACAGCCUUCUUGACAUCAGGUCUUUCCUCCUGAAGAGGCAGACGCUUCAGGGUCCGCUCGGCCAGGCCUUCAGGGAUCUUCACAUCUCACUCCAAACGAUAGACUCGAACUAACAAGACUGAUUAUAAAAUAAACACCUCGUACUCGACUAAUAACCGUCGAAUCCUGCAACUCAAUCGGAGUGUAGCCUAUUUAUAUUCCAACUGGUAUGUCGCCAUCAGUGGAAAAUGUUGUUUUGUAAAUAACACUUAAAAAAUGAAAUUGGACUUCACUGAAGUCCCACACUGGAAGAAAAUUGUUGAAAACAAAAAUGUGUCUCCGUCCUAAAUGCCUUUUAAAAUUAUUACAUUAUCCCCUUAGUUCAGAUAUUUUUACAUUAAACGAACAUUUUUUAAUUAGUGCCUUUUUAAUAUUAAUGAAAUAUAUACUAAAUUUAACACACUUGUUAACGUAAUUACUCGUUUUUUCUCGAUAAUACGAUUCUAAAGAGCAUUUGCACAUCCUAGGCAAUCAUAACAAUUUGUACAGUGCCAUUUAUUUACUUUUUAUUUAUUAAAUCAAUCAUAAAUUAUUAAAACUAAAAUAAAAAUAAACAAAAUUGUAUA